AUGUUUAAAAGACGCGACUGGAACUACCUCUACGGCGACGGGUUGAGACCCAAAGGAGAAGAGAAUAAAAGCAGUUCUUCAGAUGACGAUAGCGAUAGCGAUGGAAGCAUGGAAAGCAUCGGCGGGAUGGUUGAUUUGGAUUCAUCCUCGGAAUCAGAAUCAGACGACACCAACGCCGCCGGGAGGAGGAUGCAUUCGGACGACGAGAAGGACGACAAGGACGAGUCAGAAGAAGACAAAGAGACGGAAAAAGAGAAGCUCAAAAGGAAGUCAUCGUCAUUCGUGGCGUUGAAAUGCACCGUCUGCGAAAGACACGGUCUCGUCUUGUCCGAGAAAGCGAAACGAGAACACGAGCGGUCAAAGAGACAUGAGAAACGAGUGGCUUCGUUACCACUCGAAGACGAGAGGAAAAAAGACAACGUGUAUUUCAUACCGGCGUCGAGCAAACGCACGUUCGGGACAAAAGAGGAGGAAACGGAAACGCAUUCAGAACGGUUAGCGAGAAUACGUAUGAAACGGAAGAGGAGAGAAGAAGAGGAGGCGAGAGAGGAAGAGGAGAGAGAGAGGAGGAAGGAAGCGAACGAAGACGGAAACGCAGACGAGGAUGAAGAGGAGGAGAAGGAGGCGCGGAAUAAAACGAAAAAGAAGACGAAGGAGAAAGUCGGUCGGAGGCAGAUGCAGUCAAUUCGAAGACAGAAAGCGGGAAUGAGAAUUAAAGAUACGAGUAAUAGCGGUGACGGGGGCGAAAAGAAAGCGCCUUUGAGCGAUAGCGGGAAAGAGAAGACGACAAAGAAGAAGAAGAAGACAAAGACGGAGAAAAAAGGAAAGGACGAUGAGAAGAAUAGUAAAGAAGAAGAGCCUGCGAAAGUAGUAGUAGCGAAGAAAAAAGGCAAACCGGGGAAACGCGAGCGGUUGGAGAUGAAAGCAAAACGCGAGGAGAUGGCGAAGAAAGCGAGAGAGGCGGGCGAAAGAGGCGUGAAAAAAGCGUUGCAAGCGUCGAGAUCGAAAGAGAAGCAAACGAGCGCGAAGGAUCGACGAAGAAGCAUAAUCGCGAAAGCAAAGAAAAAACUCGGCAUGGAAUAG